AUGCGUGUAUUCAACUACUUGCUACCGUUGACCGCUGCGUUGACCCAGCAAGUCACCGCAGCCCCAACCUCUAAGGAAAACUCGACCUAUCUCCCCGUCGUUGAUCUAGGCUAUGAACUCCACCGCGCCCUCUGGCACAACCCCGACACCGACCUCUACAAAUUUCAAAACGUCCGCUACGGCCGGUCCCCCACCGGCGACCUCCGCUUCCGCGCCCCCCAAUCCCCCCUUAAGAACCGCACCGCCGUCCAGACCGGCGCAGGGACGCGCAUAUGCCCUCAAGGUCAGCCCCAAUGGCAAGCCAAGACGCUGAUGGCCAUCGGCAAGUACUCGAACCCGACGGUGCCCUUUACCUUGGAGGGCUGGGUGGAGGCGAUCGAGAACGGGAUGGUGCCACCGGGGAAUAUUAAUGCGAAUGCGACGGAGGAUUGUUUGUUGCUGGAUGUGCAUGUUCCCAAGAAGGUGCUCAAGGCGGUGGGGACGGAGGAUGAGGAGGGUGUGCCGGUGCUUGUAUUCAUCCACGGCGGCGGCGGCGUCUUCGGCUCCAAAGACGGCUCCGGCCCCACCCUCUUCGAACCCUCCGGCAUCCUCGCCCAGGCCCAAUCCACCUUCAAUCAAGACUUCGUCUUCGUCACCCUCAACUACCGCCUCGGGGCUCUCGGCUGGCUCAACAGCGCCGAGGUGCUUGCGGACGGCGACGCCAACGCGGCCCUCCUCGACCAGCGCUUCGCCCUCCAGUGGGUCCAGGACAACAUUCACCUGUUUGGCGGGUCGAAGGAGCACGUCACGAUUAUGGGAGAGUCUGGGGGUGGGAGUUCGGUUCUUCAUCACUUGAUCGCUGCUGGUGCGGAUAGGGAGCGGCGGGGGGGGACGUGUAAGCCGACUAACAAGUUGUUUCAGCAGGCUAUUUCGCAGAGUCCGGCUGAUGUACCCGUGGCAACCAGCGAUCCAGAUGAGCUCUACGACGAGUUCCUCUCCAUUCUCAAAGCUGAUAACCUAGACGCCGCCAGGUCCAUGUCCUCCGCCGCCGUCAUCGCCGCCAACGCCGCCCAAGUCGCCGCCUUCCCCCACACAAACUAUGUUCACGCCCCCAUCGUCGACUCCGACACCUCCUUCGGUCCCGUGAUCAAAUCCCUGCAAGAAGGCAAGUUCGAUAAGUCCGUGAAAGUAAUGGCAGCGCACAACAUCUUCGAGGGCGGGUUCUUCUUCGAUCCGAACGUAAAGACAGAUGGGGACUUUGAUGAGUGGUUGAAGAGGUCGCUCCCAGGGCUGGAUGGGGAGCAGAGGGGGGAGUUGGCGGAGAAGGUGUAUCCACCUGUGUAUGAUGGGUCGUUGGGAUAUGUGGACAUGAAUACCAGGCAGAUGAGAGUAUGGGGUGAGUCGGCCAUUGACUGUUCCUUCAACGCCAUCAGCCAGGCUACCAAGGACAAGAGCUACGCUUACGAAUUCGGUGUCUCCCCCGGUUUCCACAUCCAGGACCUCUCCUAUACCUUCGGCACCCCCGCCACCGCCAUGCGCCCGUCGCAGAAGUCUCUCCAACUCGCCAUCGCCGGCUUCGUCCUGAAGGGUGUGCCAGUCCUGGAGGGCGGGAAGGAGUUCCCUUUCUUCGGUGACGAGGGUCUGCUUGUUAAUAUUACGGCUGCGGGGGCUGUGCCUUCGGUGCCGAAUAAUGUCAACCAGACCAGGUGUGAGUGGUGGACGUCAAUUGCCUAA